CUCUAUUGGAAGUGUAAAUGGGAAUUGACAGUUUGCGCUUCGGUGUUGAUUGAGAGGAAAGGGAGAAUGUCAGAAAUAGACGAUACGGCUGUUUUGGACGUGUCAUCCGAAUGCAAGUCCUUAAUGUUGCAGAGGCAGUGUAGCAGGGAUACAGAUGUCAUGUCUAAUUACAGUUCUUCAUUGGAUGAUUCCGUGGUUGCUUCCCCAUCAGUUGAGAGCUUUUCAACGCUGCCAGACCAGGAAUUGUCAGAGUUUGGUGUUGAUACAAGGGAUUUGCUGGUGAAAGUUGAUAAUCCACAGAAGCACCUUGACACACUGGAAACAUACAUAACAUUUCGUAUUACAACAAAGACGACGCGAACAGAGUACGAGGAAACGGAAUACGUAGUUAGGAGGAGGUACAAUGAUUUCGUUUGGCUUCGUCUGAAACUGGUUGAAGCGUUUCCAACUCAUCUAAUUCCACCCCUUCCAGCUAAACACACCUUAAUAGCUCAGUUGGAUCGGUACUCAAAAGAGUUCAUUAUAGCAAGAAUGGCUCUUCUCCAUCGCUUUCUUAAUAGAAUUGCAAGUCAUCCUGUUCUGAGCUGUAACUUGAGUCUCAAAAUAUUUCUGACUGCAAAACCAUCAGAAUUUUCAAUACACCGUAAAUGCCGACUCAGUCUUCUUGGAAGAGUGUCGAACUCUUUGCAGAACUUGGCUUCAGUGUACAUGAUGCAUCAGAAGAAUUCAGAGUUUGACCGUAUUAGGGACUAUUUGACAUCACUUGGAGAAAAACUUACAAAUAUAGACAAAAUAGCACAAAGGAUUCAAAAGGAAAGACAAGAAUAUUUAUAUGAGAUGCACCAGAUGCACCCUAUAUUUACCUUGUGGUCUGCAUCUGAGCCAGAACUUAGUCCACUAUUGCUUGCUUUAGCAAGUGCGGUUGAACAUAAUUCUCGUUCCCUGCAUAAUGUUCUUGCUGCUGCUAACCCGAGCUUUGUUCAGCCACUGAAGGAGUAUCUGCUAUACAUUCAAGCAGUGAAAGAAGCCCUGCAACGCCGAGAUGCCUUUGAAAUAGAGUAUGAGUUGGCAGUGGAUGAACUUAAGAAAAAAAGAGCAGAAAAGGAACAGCUGAUGGCUAUGGAGCAACAGGUUCCAAUGACUUCUGGAGGGAACUUCAGUCUUGGAGGAGGCUCACUGUGGAGAAGUUCUGGUGAAGCAAGAGAGGAAAAAAUACAAAAAUUAGGUGCUUCUAUACCACAACUAAUUAAGCAAGUAGAGGAAAAUCAAGACAAAGUUGAAUGUGCAAAUGAAGAUCUGAGAGCUGAUUUGGAGCGUUGGAACCACGAGAAAAAAGAUGAUCUGAAGAAAAUAUUUCUUGCACUUGCAAAUCAGCAGAUUAAAUAUUAUGAGCAGUGCCUUGGUGCAUGGGAGGAGGUCCUUCCAGAAAUUAGGGGUUGCAGUGAAACCUCACAACAUAGCAAACCUCUUCAGGUGUCUAGCUAGUUUAGUCCAUAGCCAUUAAGCUAUUUUUAAAAACACACACACACACACACACACACACACAGAGAGAGAGAGAGAGAGAGAGAGAGAGAGAGAGAGAGAGAUAUUCUGUUGUGGAAAGCUGUAGUCUUUUUCAUUGUAGCAUAGUGAUGGAGUGCAAUAAUUAUUUCUAUUUUAUUUCUGAGUCUGUAAAACUGAAUCUUGUUUAUCAUCUGCAUAUGGUUGUGAUAUGGUCAUUAUAAGUGAGUUACAUUUAAUCUAAUUGUUACUAGACUCAUAGAAUUUGUAGCUAAAUUAUUGAUUUGUUUGUUUCUUUUUUAGUUUAAAGUAUAUGAAUGGCGAUUGUGAGAUGAUGAUGAAAUUUUAUUGUGAAUUAUUCUACAAUUGUCAUUUGUUGUUUUUUGGUUGCUUAAUUUGUCAUUAUGUUAUAUGGCUUAAUGGCUGGGUAUUUAGAAAAAUACUGAAGCACCGUUUGGAUAGGACAAUGAUUUCCUGAAUUAAAAUGGACAAAUUGUUGCAUCUUGGAAUUAUUUUCGUUCUACACCUGUCUUUGUGAAAUUGUAAAUGGGAUUCCCUUUUAAAAUUUUCAAAUGUUUUAUCACCUUUUGUUAACUUGAUUGUGUAACACAGUGCUGCUUUUGAAUAAGUCUUGUAGGUUUUAAUCAGUGUGGUGGUUAAUAUGGCAUCAUUAACCAUACAUGCUGCCUAUGUUCUAGAAUGUAUUUACUUUUUCUGUGUAAUCCUUUGAGUACAUGACUUGGUCAUCAUUAAGAAAGUUUGUCAGUAGUAUGUUAUGAGUGAUUUUUCUUCAAGUGAUUUUUUAUUUUUUCAAACAUUCUGUUGGUAGUUUCCCCAUUAUUUGGAUGGUUGCCGAAGUUCUAAACACACACACACACACACACACACACACACACACACAGUAAACUGUAUUUUCAUACUGUUCAGUGUGCAGAAUUUAUACCAUGAAACUUGAGUUGUUCACUGCCUAGGGUUUAUGCUUCAGCACUUUGGUACCAGUGUUUCAGUGGUUCUUAUCUUUAGAAGGCUGGCAUCACGUAGCCAUGAAAACCUACCAUUCUGUGUACUUACUUACUGAUAAUCAGUUUCAACCAAUAGACCAUCUUAGUCACAUCUGUCACUCGAUGGUCAUUUGACUGAAAUUAGUUGCCCAUAAAUACACACACCUUACAACAGCAUUUGGUGGUUUUGUGAUGCCAUUCUCUAAAUACAUUGUUGCUGUGCAGUACUGUUUACAUAAAAUGUUUUGGUUAUUUUAUCAUUCUAUGAUAUUAUAUUGUCUACAUUUUAUACGUAGUCCAAAUACCGACCCUGCUUUAGCUUCAGAGUUCAAAUCAUAUUAAAUUUUUGUACAACUAGCUACAAGGAUUUGUUAAUGUCUUUGUCUGUUGUCAUGUUAAAGUGGUAGCUUAGUUCAUUUCAUUGUUAUUGUCAUGUUCAUUAAGAUUUUCAUAAGUUGUGGUCAGAUAGUUAUUUCCAAAUUUGAAAAUUUGCCUGAUACGUGUGGAGAAUGAGAAAAUGAGCAUAUAAUUAUUAUUCAUAUAGAGUUAAGAUUUAAGAAAAAAAAAUAUUCCUUGACUCAGGUAAUAAGUUAAACAAAAAUGUUGUUUGCUAUGUCUUUUUUCUCAAACAUAUAGUACCCAGUAAAGUAGAAUAUGCUUAUACUAAUUAAGGCCAAAGCAUCUUAAAAAUGUAAUUUUGUCUGUAUUGUUCCUGUAAAGUAAUGAUUGCAUCACUGUGCAGUGCUGCCAUUGUGGAAAGUGCAAUUACUAGUUCCAGUCUUAUUUAGCGUUUGGUCUGGUACCAGGCAAUUAAGGCAUCUAAUAGAACAAGUAUUCACAUAGCUUAUUUUCCAGUCUGUAGAGAUUGUUAUUGCAGUAAAAACAAGGCAAAUUUAAUAAAUAUUCAGAUGUGUAAAGAACAUGUACAGCCCUUCUUUCUGCAGUCUCAAUAUGGUUCUAAGUAUUCAGAAGGUCUGUACAUACUAUUAAAUGCUUACCAUUCCUAUCUGACAAUCAUUAUAAUUAGCACGAUGAAGUAUAGUUUAUUAGAUUUGAGAUAAAAUAAGCCAACCCUACAUGUAGUGUGGAUGAAGAUGGAUCUACUGAAAUACUCAAAAGUACAAAAUGUGAUUUAGUGAAGCAUGGUAUGUACAGCAUUCAACAUAGUUUGAAGUUUCGUAAUUCAUUUACAUUUACAUUUGUGUGUGUGUGUGUGUGUGUGUGUGUGUGUGUGUUUUUUACAAAUCGUCAUAUAAAUACUACGUGGAUUCAUAAUGGAAUAUUGAUGAGAAUAUUGUUGACCCCCAUUAUAGUAAAAUUUUGCUAUAGUAAUGACACUUGGUGCACAUUUUCUCUGGUUGAUGUUGCCUCAUUCAGAUUUUAAUUCACCUUUUCACUUUAACUCACUGUUAAACAGCAAAUUAGUAUUAUGCUGUUUUAGAUGACCAUGAAGUCAGAGGCAAAGAUCAUAAAUGUAGUUAUUGUUAUGGAAGACCAUGUGAAUACUAUAUGAUGUGUGUUGAUUGUGCAGUAUUGUCCACAUGAUCUAUUCCAGUGUCAUUGGAAGAACGUGCUUUGUUAUGUCAUAUCUAUAGUUUUUUUUGUAUCAGACUCCCCGUGAUUUUCUUUGAAGUGUAAAUGAAAGUAAUUUUAUCUACAUUGUGUUACAAUAAGUCAAAAGUCAAAUACUCUUCUGGAAGUUCGUGUGAUAGGUAAAAGCACAUAUGGAGAGUAAACAAUAAAUUAAAAAAAUUCACAAGCUCUAACUUUUAAUGGUACGUUUCCAGCAUAUUUUCUAGCAUUAUAAAAGUUGAAGUAUAGUAAUAUACAGUAUUACUCUGUUGUAAAUGAUAUUAAUGUUUUGACACACACACACACACACACACACACACACACACACACACACACACAGUCAGUGAUCCCCUCAAAUAUUUUACUUAAAAUACAGGCAAGACUAAUUGGUCUAUAGGUUUUGCUGUCAUCCAUUGUUCCCUGUAUUACCACCACUCCAUUCCAGAAAUCUGGGAGCAGACUAUUAUUUAUACAAUGGUAUGAUAGGUAUCUUGUGUAAAGCACAGUGCUCUAACCAUGUUCUCUCUCUCUCUCUCUCUCUCUCUCUCUCUCUCUCUCUCUCUUGAUGAGUUAGAUUCAGGUUUAUGAUUCUGUCUCCACAAAAUGUGUUACUAAUUUGAAAAUAUGUGUGGCAAAGGGAAGAGAGUAAUUUAUUUUCAUAAUAACUGUUACACAGGUCACCUACCAGACCAAAGGUAUCUAUUUUGUUUUGGGAUUUGGCUGAUGUAGUUACUGUUGGGUUUGUUGUGCUACCUCAUGAAUAACCCUGCAUAAAGAUGCUAUAUCACUGUUAAUGGAAACAUAAAAGAUGAAAUUUGUUGCAUCAUGAGAUUUAGGAAAUUAUGGAUUUGUUAUUGUGGAUUAAAGACAAAGUAGGAGAAAUCAAGACAAAAGAGAGAAAAGCUGUCUAGGGCAAAAAGAAAGUAAUUUUGAUGCAGACUGGGAGAGGAAGGGGUGGGAGUGAGAGGUGGGGGAGAAGGGGCAGGAGUUAGCAUGAAAAUGUUAGGUGUAAAAUCAAAUUUUAAUACUUGAGAAAUAAUAGGUUUCAGAUGUUGAAACAAAUGUUUAAAAGGUAAACAAAUUAAUGGAAAACAGUGUAAAAAUAAUGAAAUUAUAAUAUUAAUGUGUUUGAUUUUACAAUCAAUUUACAUUGAAGAUGCCUGUCUAGUUAGCUGAUUAUCCUAUUCACCUGUUUUGUGAGAGAAAACAUAUAUUUUUCUUAUUGGCAUAUUUGAGGCAUAUCAUUUUGGGCAGCCCAUUCCUGAUUUCUUUUGUGUUGAAAAGUAGGUAAAGAUUACGAGUGAAAUAUUGCUGAGUUUAUAUGUGAAAAAUUGAUUACCUGAUUGGGGUAGCUUCAUGGCAGUCACAGUUCUAGUCAUGGAACUAGUAAUUUAAAACUUCUUUGCAAUCUUAAUUUCAUCUCCUUUGCUUUUGUGACCAGCUCCCUUCAGUUGCCACUAGUGCAUCCCUUCCCAUUUCUAAGUUGAGACAAAAUCUCUGAUUUUUUUUAUGCUUCACUUCUCCUCAACAAACUUCUAAAAAAUGUGUAUAUACCACUAAAUCUCUUGUUUGUGAUAAUAUCUGCAUCUUCUCUAGCCAUAACUUAGCAGCUUUGUAUGGUUCUGUGUUGUACAUACUGUAGUUCCAUAUCAUAUGCAAAUACACACAUGUGUACCAUUUUUAGACCUGUAUGGGCAGUGUCUUUUUAAAUUUUUAAUUGGCAACAUAUUCUAGAAAAUAAGUAGCUAGGUCAGUUAGGCAGAGUACAGACUGAAACAUUUAUACUUACAUUAAACUGAUGACAUAUUUUUACCGACAUUUUUGUGUGAAAGUAAGUUUUUAAACAGUAAAAACUUAGUGCAGCAUUCAGUCAUUUAAUGUCCAGAAGCCGGGCUUGACAGUGCCUUCUUGUAAGCAUAAUGCUGUGCUGUCCUAGCUGUCAUCAGAUGGGCCUACUUCAUCCACAUUGCAAAUUUGAGUGGACUCGUCCAUUUCAUUUCCCCCUGGAAUACAAAUGGCAGAUUUAGCAAUAAUAUUUUAUAUGACAUAAAGUAAAUACUAUUUAUUCCAUUAUUUCUAUAUUCAAACAGUUUUCCAAUUGAUUACAAUUGAUUUUAAAAUCACAUGGCUCCAUAUCAAAUCACUAAAUGAGGGGUCAGUGUACAGUAAAUAUGUAUGUAGAUCACUUGAACAUUAGGGAGCUCAUUGAGCCAUCACCAUACAUUAUUAUGGAUGGAUGAGCUGCCACAUGCUCAGAUGGUAUACUUGCAGAUGUACUAUAUGUAGAUUGCCACAUUUAUUGCCUAAAGAUGGAGUCUCUUGGCUUCAAAAUUGAUCAAAAUUAAAUUUAAAAGUGAUAAAUACAGCUGUUUGAAUAUGGAAAUAAAACAAGGCAUAAAAUAUUUAUUUUCUGCCAUGAAACUAUCAGCAGCUAAUGCCUCCUCCUCUUUCAUAACUGUGUAAUCUGUAAGAUGAUAAUUUGUGAUGUUGCAGUUGUGAGCAAAAUUCCAUUAGAAAGCUCAACAGGUGAAGCAGUGUAACUGACCAUUGCCGACUGAAAUUUGUGUGCCUCAGCAUUGAUUUAAGAGUUUUUGUGUUAGAUUUAUAACUGUGUCCUUUUAAGAAAACCAACUGGACUUAAUACUGUUUGAUCAAACGUGUUGAUUAUGUGCAAGUACCCUCUUUAACUACCUUCAAAAUUUUGUCAUCAGUAAUUACUGCAGUGGCCAGGUAAAAAUGUAUUGAAGUUACUGUGGCUAUGGAAUUGGUGAAUUUGUUAAAUUUCCUGCCUAUUAUACUACAUAAUGAAUAAAUUAAUCCAAAACUAAUGUGCCAUAAUUUGGAUAUCCAAUAACUGAGGAAGAGUUUAUGUACUAUUAUAUCAUUCAGUUAUUAAUUUUCAUAUGUAAGUGUUAUGAUUUCUUAUUUCUGAUGAAGGUCCCUUAAGAGGUAUCCAGAAUAAGUUUUCAUGAUUCAAACUACUGGUUUGUCCAAACAUUGAUGUAGGAAUGUUCAGUUAUUUGCGGCCUAAGGUGCACAUAUAAAUAGGAGACACUAGCCUUUUUGUGAGUGUGUGUAUUUUCAUAUGUAAUAUUUCCCAAAUUAACUUAGCCUGUCGCAGUAUUUUUUUUAAACCUAUUUGUCUUUCAUGUAAUUGUAGUUACAUCUUGAAAGUGGGCUGUGCCUAGAUAUAACUUAAAUUCCUUGUGAUAAAGUAAAUAUUCCAACUGUUUAUUAACAUAAUUCUAUCUCCAGGAAUAAUUUGGGGAGAGAAGAAUGUUAGCUUAAAUGUGAUAAAGUACAUUGUGACUAGAGUAACAGAUUGCUAAAUUGUUGAAAGUAAAAAAAUAUUACUAAUUGACAACUGAAAGAGGGACAUACAAAAUAUGACCAGUUAAAAUUGUGGUUGGCUGAAGCUUAUUGCAAGUGGGAGAUAGAUGUGGUAUCAUGGAAGAAGAAAUAUAGUACUGGACAUGGAAACUGAUAUAAUCAGAAGGGCUGAUCUAUUUAUACAAAUAUCAGAAACACAUUAACUAACAAAGUUGAAAUGCAAAUGAUUACAGUGUAAGCACAGUCACACAUGACACUGAUUUUAUCACAGAUGAGUGACUUGCUAUAGCUUUUUCUAACUCCAGCGAUGUUUAAUUCAUUCUUACAUGCUGCAGCAACAGUAGUUAACCAAUCUGUAAAGUGUUUGUAAUUUGGUAAUCUCUAGAUAUGGCUGAGCCAAUAGAAGUGUGUGCAUAGUGACGUCACUAUGCUAUGUUGUAGUUUGGAAGGAAAGCAGCAGAGGAUGACUGAACUCAGUGUAAAUGAAAAAGUAAACAUGUAGUGCAAUAUUAUAAGAUUCUUAUUGUUCUGCUUUCCAGACAAGCUGGUACCCAAUAGUAGUGUACAGAGAGCGCUGGCUCUAUUGAAGCACAGGUAGUUACAUAAAUGACUCCAUCCAAGCACACACUUUGAUUGGUGAGGCAAUACUCUAAUUAGUCAUCUUGAUGUAAAUGUUAACAGACCAUUACAAAUAUAACUAUGUGGAUUAAUAAUACCUUGCAGAAGACUUGAAAUUGUUCUUUCCUGUGGUCUAUUUUUGUAUUAGAUAUGAGAGGUUCAUGUUAGUUCAGAAAUAUCACAAAAUUUAUUGCAGAGAUUCAUUCACUUCAAAUAUCAACAGAAACAUUUUUAAAUAAUCAUAACUGCAUGUCUUAGCCUAUAUGAUUGUAGGCACAGCCAUUACAAUUGUGCAAUAGAUGAAUGGAAUUUUGCAUAAAUCAUAUUAGCACCAUUUAUAUUACAUUACUUCAAAGAAAGCAUUAAAAAGCUACAGUAUAUUUACUUCUUCUUUCAUGAUUACAUUCAUUAUUAUUACUACUGACAUGUUAGACUGCAUGUCAUCUUUUGUAAUUUCAGUAUUAAUUGGAUUUAUAACUAGAAUGUAUUUGAAAAACUUGAUAAGUAGAAGAGUUAAGUGAUAUGGAGAAAAUGGUACUGGCUGUCACUUUCUAAUAGGUGAUAUAUGGGACCAUAUAUUAUAUUGAGACAAUUUGUUAAAACAUGUUGAGAUAUUUAUCUGUAGCAUUUAUAAGUGGCAGUUUCUCCAGAACAAUAUUAUGAACAAAACUGUUGUUUUCAUUUCUUAAUAUGAUGACAGGCUUGUGCGUGUGCAGCUUUCAUUGUAAAUGUAGUGUAUGCUACACAGUUCAUGUGUACUUACGAACUUUCGUCAUUGCAGUACUUUUUAAUUCCUGCAUAUGCCAACAUUUAUACUUUGUCUAGUCCAGCUUUUGACUGAUAGUUCUAUUAAUUUUUGUGUCUAUACAAUGUAGUUUUCGUAUGUUGUCCUUAAAAUAUAGUGUGGGUACAGUGUAAAUGCACUUGCAAAUAUAAUGUUAAUUGAAACAAUUGUCAUUUGGUGAUUGAAAAAUUAAUUACUGUGGUACAUAUCGUUAAUUGCAAUUCAGGGUAUGGCUUCUGCAGUACUUUAACCAUGAAGUUAAAGUAAUUUUGAACACCAGUAGUAUAAUUACAGGCUGAAAUGAAAAUAUUUAAUGUAAUACUAAUACUUUUGAAAAUAAAUAUGUUCAUUUGCAUUACAUAGUA